CUAGGGUGGAGUGAAAAAAUUAUUUUUGAAUUUUUAAUUUACUUGAGUGUGGAAAAGGUGCCAAUGGGCUUUAUAAUCAAUCAUGUGAAAUUAUAAAACAAUUGAAGCAUUGCUUGAUUGACCACCAGCGAUUUUAAUAUAUGGCAUAUUUCAAGAUUUUACAUGUUCAGUGACUGUCUGACGUCUGUGGUAGCACAGCAGAUUACAUGUUUCACCCUGUCAGUUUGGCUUGAGCUAUUGAGCUGAGAGGUUGUGUGCUGCUCCAGGCUCCUAUAAGGUGAUUUUUACGAUUAUGCAUUCAUGUAAUACCUAAAUAUACUGUAUUUUUACACAAAAUUACACAAAAUCUUUCAUGCAAGUUUAUUCAAAAUUAACAUCUUAGUUUGCUUUAGGCUGUUUUAUUGCAUGAUUGAGAUUUACUUUAAGAUUACAACAUGUGUGGAAUGUAAAUUAAUGUCAAUUAUAAUUAUGUCUGUUUACAAGUUGGUAUUCUUCACCUUAAGUGGUUAAUUGAAUUGAUGGGAUAAUGCCCCCCAUAGAGAGCUCUGCUAGGUCUGUAAACAUUCCAUAGGGUGAUAUAAUGCCCCAGUGUUAUCUUUUCUUGAACCAUUGAUGUAUCACUUACAGGAGUCUUAUAUUGUUUACAAUUUAUAUAUUUUUUUCCUUUCAGAAUGGCAACUAUUACGAGGGAGAAGGUGGCAUGUGUGAUUUUUGGCGCACCACACGAGAUACCCACUAAUGUUCUUCCAACCUACGCCGAUGUUAUGAAGGCCUACAUCAAUACAAGACAACAGUUGACAACGAAGAAUAACAAAUAUCCACCAUUCGCCGAAGUAUCAAACAAAGUUUGCGUCGAUGUUGAACUUGUUUGGGAAAAAGCGUCUCUUCCGACAGUGACACACGGACGAGUAAUUGAAACACUGAGAUCAUACAAUGAAAAAUACAAGAAAAUCUUGAAACCAUACAAGGCUCGGAAGGGCAAUGACAAGUACAAGCAACAACUUGAACAGUUCAGAGAAGACUCAGAUAAAUUAUUUGACAUUAGCAAAUGCAAAUGUGUAGAUUUCCUAAUGAGCUGUAAGUGCAAAAGAGCAGACAAAGUACCACUCAGUGAAAGAGACUUUCUAGUGGACCAGAGAGGAGCCAGGAAGAUGAUUAUAGGAGGCAUCGAUUUGAUGGAUACAAAGAGGCUACAGAAGAAAAUAUCCAGGAAAGAAAGUGAAUCAAGAAGACACAGUGACAGCAUUCAGCAAGAACAAUCGAAGCAGCAAUGCAAUUCUAGAAGCUACAAUGUGGAAGACAAGGACGACGACACAGAUACCAGCGAUGAAGAUGACACUCUAUCUAAGUCACACUGUAAACAUGAUCUACCAACACCAGAGAGUAAACGACAAAAAAUGGCGAUGACUGUACGAUUACCAUCUUUGCCACUGCCGCAUGUUGAUGUGAAGGACCUGAGCACUGACCAGCAGUACCUGUGGCAGAUGUGUCAAGCUGUCAGCAAAGGACACUGUCCCUGUGAUCUAGCAUUGCGAAAACCAGGACUAAUGAACCACUCGCGAUGGUUGACAACGGCCAACAGAAUCCUGCGCCUCUAUGUUGGCCUCGAUACACCAUCCAACAACAUCAAAACUCUUGUCACAUUCAUCAUCCGCGUCUACGCCCCAACAUGGUUCGCCAUCAAAACACAGCCAUCAUGUAAAGAUGGAGCCAAGCAUCUGCACGGGAUGAUGGUGAGAACACGGUACCUCAGCUCCUCUCUAAAGAAAGUCAUCGACCCGGUGAUUCAGCGAAAUGGCUUCUGCGGUCACCCCGAGAACGUGCUAUUAGCCAUGAUAACAGAUGAGUGA